AUGGCGCCGCUCCGGACCGAUCCCAACAUCAUCAUCACCGGCACGCCCGGCGUGGGCAAAACGACGCACUGCCAAGAACUCGCCAGCAGAACCGGCCUCCACCACCUCGACAUCAACGAUGUAGUCAAGAAGCACAACAUCGGCGAGACGUCCAACGACCCCGCCGACCCACACGUCAAGAUCGUGGAUGAAGACCGCCUGCUCGACUGCAUCGAGAACGACCUCGAAGAAGGCGGGCAGAUCAUCGACUGGCACGGCUGCGACAUGUUCCCAGAGAAGAUGAUCGACCUCGUCUGCGUGCUGCGGUGCGACAACAAGCUGCUCUAUGACCGUUUGAAGGCGCGGGGGUACAGCGAGGAGAAGCUGCAGGAGAAUCUGGAUGUGGAGAUUAUGGAGGUGUUGGUGCAGGAGGCGAGGGAUUCGUACAAGGAGGAGGUGGUGGUGGAGUUGAGGAGUGAGGGGACGGAGGAUAUUGAUGCGAAUGUGGAGAGGAUUGAGACGUGGAUUCAGAAUUGGAGGAAGGAUAAUGGGAAGGAGGGUGGGGAUGUUGAGGCGAAAGAGGAGGGGAAGGGGAAGAAGGAUGAGGACGAUCCGAUGUUCUUACAUGGUUGA